CUUCGCUCGCUGCAGCUCAGCCCUCAGAUCCUGGACGCAAUGCCCAAGCUGUAUCUCCUGGACUACGGAGCCGGAAAUGUGCGCUCGCUCAUCAAUGCAGUCCACAAGCUCGGCCACGACAUCGAGAUCGUUCAGUCGCCCGAGGACAUCCUCAGCGCCGAUAAACUCAUCUUUCCCGGAGUCGGUGCCUUUGGCGCUGCCAUGGAGAAGCUCCGAUCCAAGGGAUACGCCGAGCCUCUUGUGCAGUACAUUGCCUCAGGAAAGCCGUUCAUGGGCAUCUGUGUCGGCAUGCAGUGUCUGUUCCAGGGAUCCGACGAGUCGCCCUCUGUCGCUGGGCUCGGUCUGAUUCCGGGCCAAGUCAAAAAGUUCAACGAUCAAACCAAGUCCGUGCCCCACAUCGGAUGGAACGGUGCCUCCGUUGUUCAGCAAGAUGCCACAGAAAGCCUGGGUCGCCUCAACCUGGACGGACCCGAGAAGUCCCGCUACUACUUUGUUCACUCCUAUGCAGUGCCAUAUGCUGAGUCUCUCGCGGACUGGGCAUACUCGCUGACAAAGUACGGCGAUGAGCUGUUUGUCUCAUCGGUUCGCAGGGGCAAUGUGUUUGCCACCCAGUUCCAUCCCGAGAAGAGCGGCUAUGCUGGCUUGAAGCUCCUCAAGUCGUUCCUGGAUCCCGAAGACUGCCGCUCGUUUGUCGCCACACGAAUCCCGAUCGACGCUGUCGUCGAUUCCCUCACGCGACGCAUUAUCGCCUGUCUGGAUGUGCGAUCGAACGACCAAGGCGAUCUGGUCGUGACCAAGGGCGACCAGUACGACGUCCGCGAGUCCGACGCCAACGGAUCCCGAGUCCGCAACCUGGGCAAGCCCGUGGAUCUCGCCCGCCGCUACUUUGAGGAGGGCGCUGACGAGGUUACGUUCCUGAAUAUCACCUCCUUCCGCGACUGCCCCGUCAAGGAUCUGCCGAUGCUCGAAGUACUCUCAAAGACAUCCGAAACCGUCUUUGUGCCCUUGACGAUAGGCGGCGGCAUCCGUGACAUUGUCGAGCCUGAUGGCAAGACCUGGUCGGCGCUGGAGGUAGCGGGCGAGUACUUCCGAUCUGGUGCCGAUAAGGUCUCAAUCGGAAGCGACGCCGUCUACGCUGCCGAGGCGUACUACCGCAACGGGAAGCAACUGACGGGCAAGACGGCCAUUGAGCAGAUCGCCUAUGUGUAUGGUGCCCAGGCCGUCGUGAUCUCUGUCGACCCGCGCCGAAUCUAUGUCAAGUCGCCGGACGAUGCCCCUAACCACCAUGUGAUUCCGACAGCCUUCCCCGGCCCGGGCGGCGAGCGGUUCUGCUGGUAUCAGUGCACCGUCAAGGGUGGCCGCGAAGGCCGCGAUUUUGACGUCCAUCAGCUUGUGACGGCAUGCGAGGCCAUGGGUGCUGGCGAAGUUCUGCUCAAUUGCAUGGACAAGGACGGAACCAACUCGGGCUACGACCUGGAGCUCAUCAAGGACGUCAAGAGCAGCGUCCGAAUUCCAGUCAUUGCGUCGAGUGGAGCGGGCAAGCCUGCUCAUUUUGCAGAGGUCUUCCAGGUCAGCAAUGCUGACGCAGCCCUGGCGGCGGGCAUCUUCCACCGCCGCGAAGUUGCGAUUGAAGACGUCAAGACAUAUCUCAGCGAGCACGGUUACUCCACCCGCUUUGACGCUCCCCUGUAGAUAGGAAUGCGGAACGAGGCACUUGGCAACGACGACCACCGUGCCCGACGCCGCUCUUGCUGGGGAUUUUUCUGUGCGCUGUACUCUUGGUUUGUUGGAAUGCGCAUAAUACAAUCGAUCAUUGCUGCUGAA